ACCGGGGGCGUGGCCGUCCCCCAAAUUGGGGAGGCAGGGGGGGAAAAAAGGCCAGGAAAAGUUUCUUUCCUGGAGUCCCAAACGAAGUGUGCGACGGAAGAAGGAAUCAAGGCCAGAGGCCCGGGGCUCCGUGGGACCCUAACCGCUGUCAGGAGUCCCCCGUUCCAGGCCAUGUCGGGGCCCACUUGGCUUCCCCCCAAGCAACCAGAGCCCGCCAGAGCCUCUCAGGGGCGAGCUCACCCCCGAGGUAUCGCGGGGCCGCCCCCAGCCCGCGGAGCAGCACUCCAGCCCCACCCCAGGGUCAAUUUUUGCCCUGUCCCAUCUGAGCAGUGUUACCAGGUCUUGGGUGGACCGGAGGAUAGGGGGCCGGCCUGGGCGGGGUGCCAUGGUGCACCCCAGCGCUCUCAGGGGCUCCCCCCAGAUAGGGGGGGCCUGCGCCCAGGAAGUCUGGAUGCUGAGAUAGAUUCCCUUACUAGCAUGUUGGCUGAGCUGGAUGGGGGUCGUGGUCAUGCCCCACGGCGGCCUAACCGGCAGGCUUAUGAUCCCCCUCAGCCCCCUGCCUACCGCCCUGGCUCUGGCUCUGGCUCCAUGAAGCCGAACGGAGGGGUUGUUCCUCCUCCACUGCUCCCAGCAUCCCCCUAUGGGGGCCCCACUCCAGCCUCCUAUGCUACAGCCAGUACUCCUGCUGGCCCUGCCUUUCCUGUGCAAGUGAAGGUGGCACAGCCAGUGAGAGGCUGUGGCCCCCCCAGAGGGGGCCCCUCUCAGGCCUCAGGGCCUCUGCUGGGCCCUCACUUUCCUCUCCCGGGCCGAGGUGAAGUCUGGGGGACUGGCUAUAGGAGCCAUCGAGAGCCAGGGCUUGGGUGUAAAGAGGAGGCUGCUGGGAGCUCCAGCCCUGCAGGAGGAAGAGGAAGUGGGUACGGGCACCAGGUCCCCCUGAGCCAGCCUCCUGAGGAGGAGCUUGAGAGGCUGACCAAGAAGUUGGUGCAUGACAUGAGCCACCCACCCAGUGGGGAGUACUUUGGCCGGUGUGGGGGCUGUGGAGAAGAUGUGGUUGGGGAUGGGGCCGGGGUUGUGGCCCUGGACCGCGUCUUUCACGUUGGCUGCUUUGUGUGUUCUACGUGCCGGGCCCAGCUUCGGGGCCAACAUUUCUAUGCUGUGGAGAGGAGGGCGUAUUGUGAGAGCUGCUACGUGGCCACCUUGGAGAAGUGUUCCACAUGCUCUCAACCCAUCCUGGACAGGAUCCUUCGGGCUAUGGGGAAGGCCUACCAUCCUGGCUGCUUUACCUGUGUGGUGUGCCACCGUGGCCUUGAUGGCAUCCCUUUCACAGUGGAUGCCACCAGCCAGAUCCACUGCAUUGAGGACUUCCACAGGAAAUUUGCUCCACGAUGCUCCGUGUGCGGUGGGGCCAUCAUGCCUGAGCCAGGUCAGGAGGAGACUGUGCGGAUUGUUGCUCUAGAUCGCAGUUUUCAUAUUGGCUGUUACAAGUGCGAGGAGUGUGGGCUGCUGCUCUCCUCUGAGGGUGAGUGUCAGGGCUGCUACCCACUUGAUGGUCACAUCUUGUGCAAGGCCUGCAGUGCCUGGCGCAUCCAGGAGCUCUCAGCCACGGUCACCACUGACUGCUGAGUCUUCCCAGAAGCACCUGCUGCAUUCUCCCUUCCCAUCCACCACCUUCCCUGACAUCUGCCUUUACAAUUCUGUCACCAAAUGAUAUGUCCUCUUCCUCCAAUCAUGAAAUAAUAAUCUCUUAAGAGUUUGUAAGACACCUCAAGUCUAUUGUCUCAUCUGAUUCUUACAGCAACCCAACA